GGUUUUGAGGGCUCAGCUGCUACAUUCAUCGCGCGGAGGCUACCUUUUCUCUCUUCUCUGACCGGCGGCGAAAAGCAGCGAUGAUCAUAUCGGAGAAGAACCGGAAAGAGAUCUGCAAGUACCUCUUCCAAGAGGGAGUGUGCUAUGCGAAAAAAGACUACAACUUGGCGAAGCAUCCAUUGAUCGAUGUGCCGAACCUUCAGGUAAUUAAGCUCAUGCAGAGCUUCAAGUCGAGGGAGUACGUGAGGGAGACUUUCGCUUGGAUGCACUAUUACUGGUAUCUUACUAACGAUGGAAUUGAGUUUCUAAGGACAUACCUCAAUCUGCCCUCUGAAAUUGUUCCAGCUACAUUGAAGAAAUCCGCCAAGCCACUUGGCAGGCCUUUAGGCGGACCUGGAGACCGCCCUCGCGGACCUCCACGUGAAGGUGGUGAAAGGAGAUUUGGCGACAGGGAUGGAUAUAGAGGUGGUGCACCUAGAGGUCCUCCUGGGGAGUUUGGCGGUGAGAAGGGUGAAGCAGCUCCUGCCAAUUACCAGCCUUCUUUCAGGAGUGGAAGACCUGGUUUCGGCCGUGGGGCGGGUGCACCUCCUAGUUCCAACUUCUCCUAAAUCAUAUCUUCUUUGGGCCUCUCAUGGAUACUAAUACUACUAAGACCAGGAGAUGUGAACUAUUGUUUGGUUCCAAGUUUUCAAUUUGACUUUAUAUGUUAUUCCCAGCAAUUUUGUAUGCUUGUCCAAACUGCAAUCACUCAUUUUUGUUGUUAUUUAUCAGUAUUAUUUCCUUUCAAUGGUAACGCACAUCAGGUUUGUUUUUUUCAUCUAUGCAAAUCACUUCAAGAGCUCAUCUAUGCUUGCCAAAGUUUAAUUUGGAUGCUUAAAUCCGUUCUGGUCUAUUUAAAUCUGAUCUGGUUUUGUAUGUUUAAAUAUGGUCCGGUUUGAUAUGUUUAAGUUUGGUCUCGUUUGUUUAAA